AUGAAUUUUUACGCUAUUGUCUUAUUUGCAUUUUUUGUUAUUUCGAUCGAAACGGUGAGUUUAAAAAAAUUCUGAAUGUGAAUAUUUUUCAAAAUAAAAUCAAAAAAAAUUUUGCAGAGACGGUGCACAACAGGAAAACUAUACAACAGGGUAAGUAAUAUAGUUCUGAAAUUAUUUCAAAUUUCAUUUUCAGCUCAAUUUUUCGACACGUUGUUUGACUGCUGAAGAGUGCGAUGCGCUUCCGAUUUGUGAAGUCAAUUCGGUUAGCUCAGAAUGUUGUUGUACACAAGAUGAGUGCAUUUUUUCGCGAUCCAGGCGUCAUUUGAGCACGUGAGUUGCAAGAUUUACCAAAAAAAACAUUUUUUCAAAAAAAAAUUCCAGAAAAUCAUUUUAACAUUUUUUAGGAUUUCUAUUCCAAAAAUUUUAGUAAAAUUAUCCAUUCCAGCGAAUCUGACACUGACAACGAUGAAGAAGCCACAUCGACUGAAGCCGCUGCCAGCAGCAGCACCGAAGAAUCGCAGGAGGAGGAGACAACGACUGAAAUUGCGACCACCACAUCGAAAUCCAACAAGAAGAGCAAGGCCACUACAGCAGCGCCAACAACCACCACACCAAAAUCGACCACCAAGAAAGCCAAAAAACCAGCGACCACCACCACCACAACUGCUAAGCCAGUAGAAAAGAAGGCGAAAAAAACGACCGCUAAGGCGACCACCCAAAAAACUACCACAACUACCAGUGCUGAAGAGGAGAGUGAAGAAGAGACAACAACAACAUCAGCUGAAGUUUCGACUAGCUCGGAGACUGAAAGUGAAAACACAUCUACUGAAGCAUCUAGUGAAGAGACAACUACAACUGAAGUUCCAACAACUACCAAGAAAUCAAAGAAGACCAAGGCUACUACUACAACUGAAGCAACUACAACUUCAGCUGAAGCUUCUUCAUCUUCAGAAUCAACAUCACAAGAGGAAGAAACAACAGCAGGAUCACAAGAAACAUCUACCGCUUCAUCAACAUCUGAAUCAUCCGAAUCAUCUGAAGAAACUACAACCGCUGAAUCUUCAACUUCAGAGGAAAAACAAUCGACUGAAGAAGAAUCGUCAUCAUCUUCAUCAUCGUCUUCUUCAUCUUCUUCUUCAUCUUCAGAAACCACGGAAACCGAAAAAUCAGGCGAAUCAACCACGACUGAAACUGCAACAACUGGAUCAUCACUUUUCAAAGAACAACUUGAUUCAAGUGAAGAUGAUGGAGAAGUUGGAGCCGAUUCGGCAUUCUUUACAGAGCCAAAGGAUUUGGACAAAUCGACCACUAUGGCGGUUAGAAGACAUGUGAGUUAGGGAGGAAAAAUUCUAAACCACAGAAAAAAAAUUCCAGAAGAGCAAACAAACCAAAUCAGGCUUCAAUUUCUGGCCAUUGGUCAUCGCUGGAUUCUUGUUCUCCGGAUUGGUCGGAGCUGGUGUCUACAUGUACAAUCGAAGGUACGUUUUUUUUUUGAAAUUUUUCCGUCGCUUCUAACUAAUCUCACGCUUUUUUAUGUGAAUCGAUUUUUCAGAAAAGAUAUCUGGGAUAAUUUCUUCGGGUUUGUCUUUUUUCACAACUUACAUACCUAUGUCGAAUGCUACAGUACCCUGUGAUGCUUUAAAAAAACCUAACCUUUUGAAAACUAAAAAAAAAUUAUGAGAAAAUUAAGUCAAAAUUUUCAGAAACGAACAAGGACAAGCGCUUCCAACAAAAGCUGAAGACAAAGAACUCACCACAUUUGCUCCAUUGCUCGAAAACCAACAACAACAAAUCCCAGUUGAAGAAGAUGGUUCUGCUGAAAAACCCGAAUAA